AUGACGCCCUCAGCGACGGCCGCUGACCCGCCCCAACCCCCUGCAGGCGCCUCGGAGGACGCGCGGCGCGCGAACCCUUUCCUCGAGUUCCAAGUCGUCGUUCUCGCAGGCGGCUCCAGCUCGCGGAUGUCGAGUAUCGCUGGCCCCGCGGCGAAGAGCGGCUGCUGCAAGGCGCUGCUGCCGGUGGGUAAUCGCCCGAUGCUGUGGUACUGCCUGAAGAAUCUCCAGGAGUCUCGCUUCGGAGACGUGAUUGUCGUGACGCAGCAGGAGGAGCAGGCUGAGAUUCUGGCGUAUCUGCGCCAGGAGUUUCAGGACGUCUUCCAGCGGCUCGAGGUCGUUGGGCUCGGCCGUGCGAAGGACGCCGACGGCGGGAAGCGCGCAGACGCCGCGCAUGCAGACGCAGACGGUGUCUCGGAUGACGACGACGACCGCGUCUGUGGGACUGCAGAGGCGCUGCGGCAAAUCAAGCACCUGCUAGUGACUGACUUCUUCGUGGUGCCUUGCGACGUCAUCGGCCCCGUAGACUUCUUCAGCCUCGCAAACGUUCACCGAGUGGAAAACGCCGCCUGCUCGGUGUACCUACUGCGAAGGGACUACCUCGCGGAGGGCGCAGCGGAUUGCUUGGCUGCGCAGGGCACCGCGAAGGGAAAAGGCGGCGGCAAGAAGAAGGCUGCAGAGAAAACCGACAAGGACGCAAGUCGAGGCAACCCCGUGGCGAUUGCCUUCGAAGAGACUGAGACGCUUCUCCUCGCGAUCCAAGACAGACAUAGCAUCAGCCACGGCGCUCAACUGGCCAUUCCCAAGCUGAGUCUGUUCUACUACCCCUCGGUCUUUGUGAAGGCGAACCUCUACGAUCCUCACGUUUAUCUCUUCAAGCUGGCGGCCCUUAAAAUACUCGAAGACCCCAAGCUCCGCGACUCGCUCACCUCUCUCCGCUUCGACCUCGUUCCGUACAUGUCGCUCAUGCAAAUGACGCCGCAAGCUGCUCUCUGGUCCUCGAGCCGCCUGGACUGCGACGUCUUCGACGAGCUCCUUGAGUCGUUUGAUCACCCUGAGCAGAAGAAAGAUCAGGAGAAAGAACUCCAAACCCGCGACGACUACACGCUCGCUAACCGCCCGCCGAAACCGAGAAAAGGCAACAAGGUCGUCUUCGCGCUCCACCCUGACUGCGCGGGCAUCUGCUGCAGAGUGAACAACCUCCACGACUACUACGAGAUGAAUAUGAAAUUUUGCAGCAAUCGCACCGACGAACUGCGGUUGAUCAUGCCCGAGUGGAUGCUGCCUCCUCAGAACCCGAAGAAGCCUCAAGGGAUGCGAGACAGCACCGUGGCGGACGGCGCGGCGUUCGAGGACGGCGCGGUGGUGAAGCGCAGCGUCGUAGGCGCCGAAGUUGCGGUCGCGGCGAAGGCGCGCGUGACGGCGAGUCUCCUGCUGGAGGGCGCCAAAAUCGAGGAAGACGCCACCGUGCAGCGAUGCAUCAUCGGGCGGCAUGCGACAGUUGGAAAGGGCUGCAAGCUGACAAAUUGCCAAGUGCGACACGGCUACUCGGUCCCGGCGGGCACCGUCGCGGAGGACGAAGUGAUUCCCCUGUUCAUUGAGGACGCGUGA